AUGACUCUGUUUGUAUACGAUUUAGAGAAGGAUAUCAAAUGGAAAGAAACAAAGAAAUCUGAUUUUGAUCAUAAAAAGUUUGAUAUUUUCAAGUUUACUCGUCAAGUAGCAACAAAAUUUUUUGAUCUAGCUGUCAGUGGUGAAUUUAAAAAAGACUUCAGGUCAGAAAAAAAACUUGAGAAACACCAAAAAAUCAUUCUCAAAGAACAACAAAAACAAGAGAAAAAAGAACUUAAAAAUUUUAAGAGAAGAGAAAAACGUCAUACUAUUCAAACUACAUUAGAGGAAUUAGAAAAAGUGAACGAUGAUAUAAAAAAGAAUGAACAACUUGUUAAUUCAAAUGUAAACACAUCUGAGAAUAAUGAAGAGCUCUUACCAACAAAGAGUAAUAAUACUUUAACUGAAAGAAAACAACAAUCUUUAAAUUCCCAACAAAUAAUUGGAAGAAAAGAUAAGGUUAUAAAAAAAGAACUGUCCGAACAAGAGAAAGAUAACUUACUAAUUCCAAACGAAAAGGCAAAAUUAUCAGCACAAAAAGAUUCAUCAUCUUUCUGUUCUUUUGAAUUUAUGAAACAAAAAGAUUUUAUUAUAAGAGAGGAAAAAGAUAAAACAGAUAACUUCUUUAUUCAUACUCUUCCAUUUCAAGAAGAAACCAAAAGUCAAGAAGGAACCCCUAAAAGAAGCGACUCAUCAUCUAAUGAACUUGAACGAGUAAGAAGUGCAUCUCCUUUAGGAGAGUCAGAGGCUGAAGAGAAGAAAAAGAAAAAAAUAAACCUUAGUAUCAAAGAACGAAUUAUUGGCAGUUCUGCAAUACAAUCAGCAAUUCACAGAGUACGGCAUAGUUCAAAAACAGAAGAGAAAAAAGAGGAAAAGUAA